UAAUAAGGAUUUUUAUGCAUAGUUUUAUCAUCUAUCCUCGUAAACAAAGUUUAAUAGCCUAAAGAGAAUGUAUACAAGAAGAAUGUUUUUUUUCGACGUAAAGUUUUAAACAAUGGAUUAGCAUUCCACGGGAUCGUAUUUUGGGAGAAGGGCGAUAUCGACUUUCGGGUAAGUCGAAAUUAAACCUUCAGCGAAGAGCCAAAGACGAUGAUUCAUCCGUCUACUAUGAAUUCAAGAUACCGGUACUUGGCUCUCGACUAAAAACGAGCAACGCGAUGAAAACACGUCCAGAAUUAUUUCUUAACGACUUUGAAAGGAGAAAAAAAUUGAACAGCGAGUCGCAGAGUGGGGGAAGCAACGAGAGAUACUGGUGGGGAUAACAGGAGGGCGCCAGAGUUCUCUCUCUCUCUCUCUCUUCCCCCUUGGACGGGUAGGAAGGUGAUCUCGUCGGUUUCGUAGGCGUAGCGUCAAAUCGAUACGCACAGAGUGUUGUUUCCUUCCUAGCGCGAAAAUGUCAGCGAGUCGCGAGCUUUUCACGGGUAAACGAAGAAUAAGCCGUAGUUAGCGUGUUUGCAUCCUCCCGCCAACGGGUUACCGCAUAAAAAAAACUUUCAAGGUUCUUCUCGUGUCGUUAACAAAGAGGAGAGAGAGAGAAAAAAGGGCUAACUAUCUUUCUCUCUUUUUCUCUUGAGUAUAUUCCUACGUCGCUUAUCAUUCGUAAAUCGUCGGCGUUUUAUCUACCCUUUAAUCAAAAUUAUUCCUUAACGAGACGGUGUAUAACUGAAAGAAGAAGAAGAAGAAGAAGAAGAAGAAGGACAGUGUUAAGGCAAGUGUUUAAGUAGUACAAGGAUAUAAGUAAAGAAGAAAAAAAGAAGAAGAAUUGUCGAAUGAGAAGAGAGGAAAUUUUGUAAUAUAAUAAAGGAAAAAAAAGGGGGAGAAGAAAAAUGCAAGAAAAUCCUUAACUCGAUCAGUAAAAGAAGCUUUCGUCCUUGCACAAUAGGGAUGCCUUGAGGUAGGACAAUGAUUGGACGGGAAGCGACCUUCAAAAUAUUAUCCGUAAAAAAGUUUCUUUCGCGUAACGAUGUAACGUAGUUUCUUUAAAAAAAAAACAAAACAUAAACUACGAUAAUGUUCUCGUAUCUCGUGUUUAUCUAAUACUAUAGGUCGUAUUUCUUUUUCUUUUCCUUUUCUUAUUAUUUUCUUUCCUUUUUUUCUUUAGUCGUAAGAAAAUACGUGAAAAAUAGGAAAUUCGAAUAAAUAUAAUGAAAGUUUGAUUAUCGCGUAAAUGACGAAACACACACACAUUUAAAACGUGAAAUCGUAGUUAUAAAUAAGGGUGAGUUAUCGUGUUCGGUCCAUUAGGCGAUUGGAAGCUACGAAUUCUCGUUUGGGUUGUGUUUUAUCGUCGAUCAAUAAAAAGGAGUGCUGUAAAGAAGGAUCGACGACUGUUGUACGAAGUAGUCAGUGGAAUUGAUCAACGCUAGAGCCGUACACAAUUUCUACUUUGUCAGAAGAGAGGUGCUUCCUAGAAGAAACAAGAGAAAACAAGAAAGAAAGAGAAGAAAAUUGUGACGUGUUCGGUGCCGGUUUCCGCAGACGACUUUUUAUUAACCAGAUGAGUUGUGGCAGUAAUGCCCCCAUCGGAGGAGGAAAGCCAGUGGCUCGUUGGCAGCGGGGGUGGUGUAAUGUCCUCCUCUGGUGGCGUGAUGACAACCGGAACUGGAGAUCGUUCCCUGAAUGCUAGGGGUGGCCUCUAUACCGAAGAAAUGACGACACAAACAGCUAAUUCGGCCAAUGCCAAUGCGAACGCCCCCUCGGCCGAUUCCGCCGAGCAUGAUUUGAUCGAUUCCACAGCCGAUGCUACGCUCCUCGCACAAUUUCACGAGGAUGCGAUUAAGCAGGCUGGCGUUGGUUACUUCCAAUUAUUAGCAACAUUAUGUACAGGUCUAAGUCUUGCUGCUGAUACUGUUGAAUUUUUUGUUGUCCCAUAUAUAUUACCAAGUGCUGAAGUUGAAUUAUGUAUUGAAGAUAACGAAAAAGGAUGGCUCGGUAAUAUUACUCUCAUGGGUCUCGCAUUGGGAGGAUUGUUUUGGGGAGGUCUCGGGGACAGAAUUGGAAGGCAUAGGUCAUUGUUAUCGGCUAUGUCUGUACAUGCUUUAUUUAGCGGAGUUGCUACAUUUAUGCCAACAUAUGGUACUUUUAUGACAGCAAGAUUCUGUUCCGCCAUUGGAGUCGGAGGAUCUAUUCCCUUAGCAUUUGCAUAUCUCGCAGAGUGCUGUCCAAGAUUGAGUAGAGGCAAAUGGACAGGCAUACUCGUAGCAGCAGGAGCAUUAGGCGGCGUGUAUGCUGCUCUUCUUGCAUGGACAAUUGUACCAACGACCGGUGAGAUGGUUGUUCUGGAAAAUAAAGAACACUUCAGUGCCUGGCAUCGUUUCCUGUUAUUGUGUUGUUUACCUGCAUUAUGUUCUACUGUUGGACUUAUCUUUCUGCCAGAAAGUCCAAGAUAUCUUGUUGAGGCAGGAAGAGACGUCGAAGCAAUGAUGGUUUAUCAGAGAAUAUACAAAAAAAAUAAUGCAAGAAAAGGGGCUGCGGGUGCGCAGUAUCAACUCUCCGAACUAGAACUUCCAACUAAACGACCACGUGGUUUGGCACCUCCGUCGCCUAGUACUCAUACUAGCGUUUUGGCAGAUAUAAUGUAUUCCAUUGAAAUGUUUUGGAGUUCUUUCCUGGAAUUAUUUGCAACGCCACAUUUACGUGUGACUAUAGUACUUUUAAUUAUUUGGUCAACCGCAUCAUUUGGUCUAUAUGGUCUUAUGGUAUGGUGUCCAGAAUAUCUUAAACUUUUAAGAUCCACGGAAUAUGAAGCUCAAACUGCACAAAUUUCUGGAAAGGAUUUUAAUAAUCGUAUAUUUAGUGGUUCUAUGGAAAAUUGUCAAUAUAAAGAUUCAACUUUUUCGUACUGCAAGUUUACAAAAAUGGUACUCAGUCAUGUGGACUUUGACAAUUGUACUUUCCAGUUUGUAGAAUUUAGCAGCAUCAAAUCUAGCAAAACACAUUUUACCAACAGCAUUAUCGUGCACUCCAAAUUUGUAGAUACAGAUCUGUCAGCCCAAGCUUUUACAAAAUGUAAAAUGGAAAAUAACACAAAGUUGAGUCUUAGUGGUCCAUGUCCAACUCUUGAUCUUGAUUAUAAUAUUUAUAUCGAAGAAGCAUUACAUGGUCAUCUGGUUGCUCAACUAGCUUUUAUACCUGCAGCCACAUUAGCAGGACUUGCACUUACAGUUUUACAACGGCCAAAAAUGAUAGGGAUCUCUUUAUUUUUCUCUUCCGUUACGGCACUUUGCCUAAUACUAGUUGGUACAAAUAGUUCUGCAGUUUUAGGAUUUGAAGGAGGAUUUAUCGCAGUUUUUGCGGUUGCCUGGACAUCACUUACUUUGGUUACAGUUGAAAGUUUUCCUACACAUUUAAGAUGCACCGGCUUUGGCUUUAUCGCAGCUGUUAUAAGAAUAUCAGGUCUGAUAGGGACUAUAACUUUUCAAACGUUAAUUGGUGCACCUUUGGUUGCUCCAGCAUUACUCACUGCUUUGACAUUGCUCAUAGCUAGUAUUACAACUUUGGAGUUGCCUCAUACUCAUUCGGUAUUUUUAUAAAUACCAUAGACAGUUAAAUACAAAAUGAAAAAUAGAAUGGUAAAUAUAGAAAUAGAAUAUAUAUAAACAGGAAGGUAAUAAGUGGGAUGCAUUGAUACUUGUGAUUAUUAGUAUCAGCAUUAUAAAGUAAAAACAAUUUUGGACACGACGAUACCUUGACGAUAUAAUAUUUAUUUUAUUGAAAUUAAAAGAUAUAAUGAAAUGAAAAGACAGAUAAAAUCAUGUGAACAUAAUGUGGAACACUGAAAAGCACUUUGUAAAAGACCACGAUUUUUACAAAGUCAAUUAUAUAUGGCAAGAAAAAGAUAUUUCUUUCUUUGUAAUCCAGACUUCGUACAAAGUGACAUAUCUUAAAGCUAUAACAAAGUGUGUGAAUGUUAUAUAUGCAAAUGUUUAAAGUACCAAUGCGCACAGAAAAUUAAUGGCAAAUUUUUGAAUGGUAACAAAGAGAGAUUUUCCAUGGAGUAAAGUGUGUGUACUUGUAUGUAUGUGCAUUCAAGAGAUCAAUCAAACUUUCUAUAUUGAAAAGUUUCAAAAAAAUAAGAAGUUUAAAAAAAGUUACUAAUCUAAGUGACAUAAUGCAAAUAGCAUAAAAAGUUGGAAGUUAAUAACAGUCCUUAAGAAAACUUUAAGGCAAAGUUUCAAUAUCUUGAUGAUAAAUAAAAUUAUGCUAUUUACAGGCAUGUAUUGACAGAAGUGUUCUAUUAAGGCAUUCCUUGCGAAAAGUGUCAAUUCUAAUGGAUAAAGUUAAUUGAACAUUAAAAACUAACACUUAGCCGGGCAAGAAGAAAAGAAGGGAGAAAUAAUGAAUCACUAAAUACUGAAUAUUACGACAUGUAUUACAACAUCUAUCUAAAUGCAAAGAAGAUACACGAGUAAUGUUGAAUUUCACUAGUCAAACAAAAGAAAAAUGUACAAUAUUGGAAACUCUGCAGUGCUUUAUUGGCGCCGAAUAGAUGAAAAUGCAGACUUUGACAUUCGCAUGAAAUUUUGUUCAUAUUUUUCAUAUAAAAAAUGGGUAUAUAUAAUAAUAUUUUUGUUUGGAAAACUGUGUUAUUUCUAGUAUGCCAAAAGAGUUGUAUGAUGAAAAGUUAUUAUCGACGAGAAAUCUACAUACAGCAAAGUUCUCCAUGAAGAAUAUAAAAUGUAUAUCCAGUACUUCCGCUUCAUACCGAUUACUAGUUCACAGUAGCUGUAUAAGCAAAAGGUUAGUUAAAAGUAAUCAAGAGGCACAUUAUCGAUAUAAUAAAAAAGCUGCCGCAUAAAUCUUACAUUUCUAGCUAAAGAUUUCAGUCAUGAGCAUUAUUAGUAUAAAUCCAAGAGAUUAUUGCCUCUAGUCAAUUUUCAAUCUUUAUUGAAAGCAAUGAUGUAUUAAAUAAUGAAGUAUCUAAUUGUCCAAUGCGUAGCAUACAUAGUCGAAUGUUUUGUUCGAAAUAUAUCUCAAUUAUAAAUAAUAUCAACGAGUGCUCUAUAAUAGAGUUACGAUAAUUACUUUUCUAGUUAUUUGUAUUUUGCAAUCUUCGUAUCGGCAUGAAGUAUAACAAAGAUAAACAUAAGAAUAUGACGUUCCUUGGAAAAAAAGUACACGUUAUUUCUAGGUUAUAAGAAUUUUUCAGCCUGUCGAGAACAAAAUAAAAAUAUUCUGUUAGGUGUGAGAAUUUCAAAUAUUUCCAUCGAGUACUAGGAGAAGUUUAUUGAGACAAAAGAAAACUAGACAUUUACGUCCCAUCAUGAAAUCGAUGUAAAUUAUUGAAGAAAGAAUAACGAGAAACAAAUGUGAGCAUAAUGGAGUCGAAAAGAAGCGAAACUGAUCCGAUCAUCUUGCUAUUUUUUCCUAAACAAUCGCACAAUUACUAUUUCUGCAUUGAUUCUAUAUACCAGGUGAGACAUUAAAAAUAGGCCAUUUGAAUAAUUCGAUUGCUAUUGAUAAUAGAAAAAAAAUCACAAUCAAUUUAUUCGGAUUAUUUGUUUUAAAUACCUAACCCGGUAUAUGGCUAUAUUAUAAAAUCGAUCGAAUAGCAAAUAUAUAUAUAUAAAUAAAUGUUUAGAAAUAAAAGAAUUUUUAAUUACAAUAGAUCGAUCGCUUUUAAAAAAGCAAUGACAUUUUAAAUGGCUCACGCCAUUAUACAAAAAUAUUCUUAUAAAUAUGGCAACUAAUUGGUUUAUAAUAUUGUUAAUUUUUACCACCACCGUGUACAUACGAGAUUUUACAUAUGGUGUGACGUUAAUUAACUUCAAACAUUUAUUUUAUAAAAAAAAGAGAAUAAUGCAUAUAAAAUACUUUUAUAUAGUUAAUUAUUUGUAAUAUUUAUCGUCUUUAUCAUCGAUAAAAUUCAGCUACAACUUA